AUGCAGAAGGGCAAGGUCGAGAUUCUCGUCAACGACCAAGGAAACCGUAUUACCCCCUCUUAUGUCGCCUUCACCGAUGAGGAGAGAUUAGUCGGAGACGCCGCCAAGAACCAGGCUCCCGCCAACCCCCACAACACUAUCUACGAUAUCAAGCGCCUCAUCGGCCGCAAGUUCUCUGAGAAGGAGCUCCAGACUGAUAUCAAGCACUUCCCCUUCAAGGUCGUCUCCAAGAAUGACAAGCCGGCCGUCACCGUUAAGGUCAAUGGUGAGGACAAGACCUUCACCCCCGAGGAGAUUUCCGCCAUGGUUCUUGGCAAGAUGAAGGAGACUGCUGAGAGCUAUCUCGGCAAGAAGGUCACCCACGCCGUUGUUACCGUUCCCGCCUACUUCAACGACAACCAGCGCCAGGCCACCAAGGAUGCCGGUAUGAUUGCCGGUCUCAACGUCCUUCGCAUUGUCAACGAGCCCACCGCCGCUGCCAUCGCUUACGGUCUUGAUAAGACCGAUGGCGAGCGCCAGAUCAUUGUCUACGACUUGGGUGGUGGCACUUUCGAUGUUUCCCUCCUCUCCAUCGACCAAGGUGUCUUUGAGGUUUUGGCUACUGCCGGUGAUACUCAUCUUGGUGGUGAGGAUUUCGACCAGCGUGUCAUUAACCACUUCGCCAAGACCUUCAACAAGAAGCACGGUGUUGAUGUCACCACUGACGCCAAGGCCAUGGGUAAGCUCAAGCGUGAGGCCGAGAAGGCCAAGCGUACCCUUUCCAGCCAGAUGUCCACCCGUAUUGAAAUCGAGUCCCUUUUCGGCGGCAAGGACUUCUCUGAGACCCUUACCCGCGCCAAGUUCGAGGAGCUCAACAACGACCUCUUCCGCAAGACUCUCGAGCCUGUGAAACAGGUUCUCAAGGACGCCAAGGUUGCCAAGGGCGAGGUCGAUGACAUCGUUCUUGUUGGUGGUUCUACCCGUAUCCCCAAGGUCCAGGCCCUCAUUGAGGAGUUCUUUGGUGGAAAGAAGGCUUCCAAGGGCAUCAACCCCGAUGAGGCCGUCGCUUUCGGCGCUGCUGUCCAGGCUGGUGUUCUUUCCGGUGAGGAAGGUACUGAGGAAAUCGUUCUCAUGGAUGUCAACCCUCUUACUCUCGGCAUUGAGACCACUGGUGGUGUCAUGACCAAGCUCAUCACCCGCAACACCCCUAUCCCUACCCGCAAGAGCCAGAUCUUCUCCACCGCCGCUGAUAACCAGCCCGUGGUCUUGAUCCAGGUUUACGAGGGUGAGCGUUCCAUGACCAAGGACAACAACCUCCUCGGCAAGUUCGAGCUUACUGGCAUCCCCCCCGCUCCCCGUGGCGUUCCUCAAAUCGAGGUCUCUUUCGAGCUCGACGCCAACGGAAUUCUCAAGGUUUCCGCCCACGACAAGGGCACUGGCAAGGCCGAGUCCAUCACCAUCACCAACGACAAGGGCCGCCUUACCCAGGAGGAGAUUGACCGCAUGGUUGCCGAGGCUGAGAAGUACGCCGAGGAGGACAAGGCCACCCGUGAGCGCAUUGAGGCUCGCAACGGUCUUGAGAAUUACGCCUUCUCCCUGAAGAACCAGGUCAACGAUGAGGAGGGUAUGGGCAAGAAGAUCUCAGAGGAGGACAAGGAGACCAUCCUCGACGCCGUCAAGGAGACCCAGGACUGGCUUGAGGAGAAUGCCGCCACUGCCUCCACCGAGGAUUUCGAGGAGCAGAAGGAGAAGCUGUCUGGCGUUGCUUACCCCAUCACCAGCAAGCUUUACAGCGCCGGUGGUGCCGGUGGCGAGGACGACGAGCCCGCUGGCCAUGACGAGCUUUAAAGGAGUAACGUAGCAUCAUAGAUUCCCCCAAUGUUUUUUCGCGUUUUUUUGAUGGCUCGAUGAAAAAAGAGAGAAUCAUCAUCACAUAAUGAAGGUUCUCGCAGAGAUGAUGUGUCGUAUGUUUGUGGAUGUGGUAUUCUGUGAUUUUCGGGUUGGGUGAAAUGGGUAUAUUCAUCAUGGUCAUAGGAAGGAAGGAUGGGCAUAUUAUUCUGUGAUAGUCUGGUGUGUGUCGGUUGUAGUAGGUGGCGGGCGCAUCGCGGGCUUUUGUAAAGUAUGUAUGAAGUAUAAAGCAAAAGAACCUACUUGAAACAUUCGAAUGUCCC